AUGGCCGCGCCGCCCCAGCCCACGCCCGCUCCUCCCGCCGCCGCCGCGUUCCGGCUCGGGUUCGUCGGGGCCGGGAACCUGGCCGAGAGCAUCGCCCGGGGCGUGGCGGCGUCGGGCGUCCUCCCGGCCUCCGCCAUCCGCACCGCGCCACACCGCCGCCCCGAGCGCGCCACCGCCUUCGCCGACCUCGGCGCCCGCAUCCUCGCCUCCAACGCCCAGGUCGUCGACGACAGCGACGUGAUCGUCAUCUCCGUCAAGCCCCAGAUCGUGAAGCAGGUCCUAGUUGAGCUCAGGCCCCUGCUGUCCGAAGAGAAGCUCCUGGUCUCCAUCGCUGCUGGCAUCAAGAUGCAGGAUCUGCAGGAUUGGUCUGGUCAGCGCCGGAUUAUCAGAGUAAUGCCAAACACUCCCUCAGCUGUCGGACAGGCAGCUUCAGUGAUGUGUCUGGGAGAGACGGCUACUGAGAAUGAUGAAAACCGUGUCAAAAGCUUAUUCAGUGCGAUUGGAAAAGUUUGGACAGCCGAAGAGAAAUAUUUUGAUGCUGUAACUGGUUUGAGUGGUAGUGGUCCUGCCUACAUUUUCUUAGCAAUAGAGGCCAUGGCUGAUGGUGGAGUUGCUGCCGGGCUUCCUCGGGACCUUGCUCUUGGCCUUGCAUCUCAGACAGUGCUAGGUGCUGCAACCAUGGUAAGCCAGACGGGUAAACAUCCAGGUCAACUGAAGGAUCAGGUCACUUCCCCUGCAGGAACUACCAUAGCUGGGGUUCAUGAGCUCGAGAAGGGUUCAUUCCGCGGGACACUGAUAAAUGCCGUCGUUGCUGCCACAAACAGAUGCCGAGAGCUCUCAAAAAAUUAAUUUCUUAUUCUGGUAGCAUAUAUUAGGCUGGCUACAAUCCCAUAAUAAAAUGGCGAAGACAUGAUUUAUGAGAUUUUUUAAUCUCAGACUCCAAACAAGUUCUCAAUAUAUUUUUCCGGUCUCUCUAGAUA